AAUCGCUCGCCGUCAGUCCGCGAGCACCCUCCGAGCCGGCCGCACGCGCCGCACGCCUCCGCUCCUCGGGACCACUGGUGUGGAACCUAUAAACACCAUAAAAAGUGCCAGUGACAGUGUGGACAAGGAAGUGACGGUUCGAUUUUUUGGCGGGACUCGAUUUUUUUUGGCGAAUCUAGAAGACACGAACGACAAUUUUCCGAUUUUCACGUCAUAUGCACAUUUUUUCAGGUGCAACAAGUGGAAUGCCUCUGUCGAAGUUUGUUCUUUGAAGGUGCUGAAUUGUCGUCGCGAUGUAUCUGAGGGCGUGUCUGGUGGCGCUGCUGGCCGUGUCGCCGGCGCUGGCGGCCGUGUGCCCGGACGCGUGCCUGUGCUCCACCACGCGCGACGGGCUGCACCGCGCCGCCUGCAGCGACGUGCACAAGCUCUACAAGUUCACCCUCCGCCAGAAGCACCACAACGUGAACAUCCUCGACCUCUCGCACAACAACAUCUCGCGGCUCACGCACGAGCUGGACCGCCUCACCGAGGUCGUCACGCUCGACCUCUCCACUAACGGACUCACCGAACUCGACAAGUUCCUCCACAACGCCAAGAAGUUGGUGCACUUGAAUCUGGCGAACAACCGAUUCCAGCAUCUCUCGAUGACGCCUCUACCUACAAGUGUUAGUUCUGUAGACUUAACUAACAAUCUGUUGCGAGACGUGCCGUAUGACUUGAAGCAUUUGAGCAGUCUGGAACACCUGGAGCUGGCGGGCAACCCGCUGGACUGCUCCUGCGGCAAUCUCCUGGCGCGCGACCAGCUGCUGCGAGACAACGUCUUCAUUGACGACGUCAAAUGCGCAAGUCCACGAAACCUCAAAGGAAAGUCAUGGCUGGAAUUGAAAACGAAAAGUGUAUGUAACGUUCCUAAGUACGAACACAAUUACUUAGACAUGAUGAUGGGAGACCAGCCGUUGGACGCGGUGCUCGUCGGCGAGGAAACCACGGCGCUGAAGUCGAUGCCAUUAGUAGCUAAUAGUGAUUUAGAGGAUGGUAACAUUAUUCAAGGGGACCAAAUAGUAGAGGACGAUAGUCAACAAUUUAUUAGAGUUAAAAAAUUAAAAUAUACACAAACAACUGAUGAAGUUGAAGGGUCGGGUGAUGCGACAGAAACGACACCAUCCCAAGACAUAGUAGAGGCUAGACAUGUGAGCGCACUAGAGGCUGAAGAGAAGAAGGAGGACACCACAGAAGAUACAAUUGAAGGGUCAGGAUUUGAAGGAUCUGGGUUUGGUUUCUACAAUGAGGAACUAGAAAAGCCUGUAGAAACUACAACUACUACACCUCCUGAGUUAUAUACUGGCCCAAUAGUACCACUUAUUCCUGAUGACAAUACUUCAGAGUAUCCGAUACCACCACCACCAACAGUUUAUGAAGGAGGUCCACUAUGGCACAGCGAAACCACCUUAGCACCUGUUAUUGAGAGAGUGGCAACCGAAAGAAGUGCUACAGUUCAGUUAACACGUGACACUACUGUGUCGGAGCCAAUCCGUGUGACACAGCCUUCUGACGUCAACGAUCUGGCCUCUUCAGAACCAGCACCCCAUAAAACGGGUACAUAUGUUUGCAUAGCUAUUAUCAUAGUUAUACUUGUUGGAUUAAUCGGAUUUGCAAUCUUAAAGGGACAAAUGAGAAAACGAAGGGACCGAAGACUUCUCAGACAGCAAAAGAGAGAUGUAGAAAAGGCAUCAAAGGAAAUGGUGGAUAUGAACAAGUCAUUGCUAGGUAAGCCUGCACUCAUAGAAACACCUAUUGAAAAGAAGGUAAAUGGAAAGUACGAACUAGUGCCAACUCAUGAAAAUAAUCAGAAAAAUGGGGAUGUAAGCAAUGGCAUGAAACACAGUGAUAACAAAGGUACAAGGACCGACAGUCCAAGAGACACGAACCAGAACAAGAGUAGCUCAAAAGACAACAACUUAGCAGACGACAAACAAUCAUCACCUACGCAGCAGGAUACAUCGUUUGAAUCUGGACCUACCUCACCUGACUCCCGGAAAGACACUCAUUCGCUGUCUAGCGAGGACAUAUUCGUGCCUCUAAACGACGAUGAUGGGCCGAAACUAAACGGGGUUGAUUCGGACGCGUCACAAGGUUUGUUAAAUGAUCCGAGUUUUUCUGAUUUCCUGUCGCCGUCGCGGGAAUACGUGCCGGUGUACUCGCCGGACAUGGGCCGCGUGAGGAUCAAGCUCUCGGAGACGCCGAAGCCCAAGACUCCGGUGCUGGUUACUCGAAGCCGGUCCAACGCCGGCGACAUCAUCAUCACGCCGGCGCACAGCCCCGGCGCGCGCGCCUCCGCCACCUGAGACCCGCGACACAAGCCAAGGACCUUCAAUCAGUGUCUAGUAGCAAACACUAAACUAUUGGCAAAACUUCUGUGAUUUCGUGUGCGUAGAAUGUGUGCUCGGUACUCGGUUCGUUGUCAAGUCUGAAACUCUGCUGCCAAAGCGUGUUUGUAGUCGUCAGUGCCUUUAUUUUAUACAUAGCCUAGUAUGAUAGCUAUAUUUAUGAGAAUAUAUUAUACCUACGCAAUAAAAUAAAAUCAUAUUUUUAUACGUGUAGAAAUGUUGCCAUGUUCAUGAUAGCUAUUAAAGUAGAUAGGUUUUAUUUAAUUGUCAGUAAGCGCACAUGUUUACGUUUUGUUUGUAGUUUUUAUACAAACGUGGUCAGUAAUUGUAUGAAAAAGGUCGCUGUGAUGGUAUUGCUGGUCGAUUAUGUAGUGAAAUGCAGCUAUGUAUGUGGGACUAUCAUUAUUUCUUAAGUUAUUUAUGAUAUCGAUUCCCUCACUGAUGUAUUUUUGAUCAAUCCUUUGAGAUGGUUUUUAAAAUGUAUAUGGUUGUGUACUUACUUUUACCGUAAAGUAGAGUUUGGCAAAACAGAACAACGAGGAUGUUUGUAAUUUACAUUUAUUAUGAUUAUAAUAUUGUUUUAAAUUGUGGUUUUUAUUGAGGAGACGAAUUACAUCUUUCAUUUCCUAGUGGUAAUCGUCUGGGCAGGUAUAUACUGGAUCUUUCAUCUUGAAGCUAUGUUCCUUAACAGUAGAUUAUGUUAAUUAAGUUAAGAAUGUGAUACCAUUUUAUUGUAAGAAUAAAACUACUUCCUCUUUGUGUAAAUAGAAUUAUUUUCUAUUCGUAUUUUGUAUAUUUGUCAACAACUAUAAUUUUACUUUGGUUUCUAUUUCAUAAUUAAUUUAAGAACUCUGCUUUUAGUUCAGUAAGCUUUUAACAAAUGUCAUUAUGAAACAAAGUAAUGGUAAUUUAGGUUAAAAUAUUAUCGGUUUCCUUAUUUUUUACUAUAAUUUAUUGUCUAUGAUCCCGACUCGUGUUACGUUCAUCAACAGAUAGAGAACAAUAGCAGCAACAAACUGAUUAAUUAGGUAUUAAAUGCUUAUUAUAUUCUGCCGAGAGUUACAAUAUAAAAACGUUGAUUGAA